AGAGUCCCAGGAUGGAGAUUCCCUUGGCAAGAAUGACCAUAUGCAACCAUGAAAGUCUUGACUUGCAUCACGUGUACACUGCUAAGUUGUCCCACACCUUAAGCUGCCUUCCCCCCCUUUAAAUAAAGAGCAGCUGUGUUAUCAGGGUCAGCCCAUGAUGUUCUGAUGGCUGAAGAAGGAGAUCCAAGUGAGGCAGACAUGCUGUCAUUCUUGGUUAAUAAAGCAUAGCCUUCUGGGGAAUUUCCACUGUGAUCUUGUACAGCUCCUGUGUUAUUUCAGUGGGGCAUGCCCAGGAGACUAUCCCAGUAAAUGGUCUUCCAUGGGUCAGAUUUGCCUGUACCCUGUUCUUUCUGUCUUUAACAGUAUUCCAAAUGUGCCGCUUGAGGAAGCUGCCUCAGCUUGCCUCAUGCCUCCAGGAUUGUACGAGAUCAGGUGGAGCUGCGUCUGUAUGAAAAGAUGGAUGGGCGGACACACAACCUUAUGUGGGCCUGGAUUAAUCGCAAUGCCUGUGUUGGCGACUUACUCCUGAUCCUCAAUGACUUGGAGCUUUACCUGGCGCGUGAUGUCAUCGCUUCAUGGCAUCCACCACCACAACCUGCAAAGCCCAGUGCAUUGUUUUCUCAUCUUCCGUCCAUGUCUCCAGAGCCCCCACCUACCUGGCCUGAGCCCCUACAUGCCCUGCCUGCCCCAGAUCCUGGUAGCAAUAGCAGCAGCAGGGUCAGGGAAACGUUUUGGCAACCUCACAGACAAACAUCCCCGCUUGUGCCAGAGCCCUCAUGUCCACCGCUGUCUCUGCCAGACCCCCCUCCCAGCAGCCACCAUGACAGCAUUGGCCAGAGAAACCCAUCUUUGCCUCCCACCCAUCUUGAUGAACAGGGCCUUGACUCUCUGUCUGCUACCUGCCCCUUUGAGUGGCGGUUGGAGGAAUUGCGCCAGGCUACAGGUGACUUCUCAGAGAGCCUGAAAAUCGGAGAAGGAGGCUUUGGCUGUGUUUACCAAGCCCGGUUGCGCAACACUGUCUAUGCUGUCAAACGGCUCAAGGAGGAAGCAGAAUUGGAUUGGACUGUAAUAAAGAACAGCUUUGUCACAGAGGUGGAAAAACUUUCUCGGUUCCGCCAUCCCAACAUUAUAGAGUUUGCUGGUUACUGUGCUGAACAGGGACAUUUCUGCCUUGUCUACGUCUUCCUACCUCAGGGCUCCUUGGAGGACCACUUGCAUAAACAGGAUGGUCCCUGUCUCUCCUGGGCCCAGCGGCUCCAUGUAGUGCUGGGCACUGCCAGAGCCAUUCAGUUCCUGCACAGUGAUUCUCCUAGCCUUAUUCACGGUGAUGUCAAAAGCUCUAACAUCCUGUUGGAUGCGGCACUCACCCCCCGGCUGGCUGAUUUCGGGUUGGCACGCUUCAGCCGCCGGCCAAAACAGGGAGGAUUGAGCAGCUCUUUGGGCCGAACACAGACUGUGCGGGGCACGCUGGCCUACCUACCCCCUGAGUACGUCCGGACUGGAACGCUCUCUACUGCUAUUGAUGUUUUCAGCUUUGGUGUGGUACUACUGGAGAUCUUGACAGGAAGACGACCUAUGGAGGUGGAUUCACGGGGACACAGCAAGUAUUUGAAGGAUCUGCUGAGCGAGGAGGAGCAGGACACUCAGCUGUCAUCUGCCACAGCUACUUCCAGCCUAACCCCAGCAGCUCAGCUUGGCACUCACCUAUACGAGAAGCACGCAGACCCACAGGCCGGGCCCUGUCCAGUGCAACUGGGCACAACAAUAGGCAGAUUGGUUUGCCGGUGCCUCCACCAGCGAGCCAAGCACCGCCCUUCAAUGGCUGAAGUAUACCAAGAGCUGGAGAGGCUGCAGUUAUUGCUUUGCAGUGAGUCAUCAGCCUCUUUGCAACCCCCAAGACAGCUGCACACUCCGCAGGAGGAUUCAUACACCUCCAAGCCUCUCAACCAGCCUGAGGAGAGCGAUGAAAGGCUGGAGGGUAGCUUGAGCCUUUUAAGCUAUAGACGUAUGCCCAGAGGGAAUGUGUCUGUAGGCCAACUAGGCUACUCUGCCCCUCAGAUCGUCAUCAACCCAGCACGAAGGCGUAUGAUGGAACGGCUGGCACUCUACCGAGAUGGAGAGCUUGACAGCCUGGCUGUGCUUGCUUCUACACCUUCGGGGGAAGAGCACAUUGCGGAACCCCCUCGGGAGCCCGAAGAGAGUGAUGAAUUCGAGUAACAAACUUGAGUGACGUGGAAGGAUUAAAGUUCUCACAGCGCUGAUGGCACUUUGCAUGUUAUAAGGUUCCACCCUCCCUUGGAUGGGGUGUGUCUGUUGGUAUGGCCCAUCCCAUGGUGCACAGGUGUUUCUGGUAGAAUCUGGCAGCAAGCUAGCAACAUGGCUCAAAUGGGGGCUACCAAUAGACCUGUAUUAGUUGGGGAUCAAAGCACAUUUCCAAAACUGGAAAGCAGGAAGAAGUGACUGUAUUUUUCUCCCUGACCCUCCCUACACAGAAGUCACCCCACUACAUACUACUGUUUCUUGAACUGAUAACAGUAAAUAAAACAUUUUAUAUAUUUGUAA